UUGGUCCCAGUGUUUAUCCGGGCCAUGGUGUCAUUGGUCAGGGAGUGAACGGGAGAUUAUUGGUGCUCGGGGUUGGUGACGGUGGAGAUACAGAUGAGGGAGGUGGGGAACAAGAGGCUGAGGACAUGAGCUGAACUUGACAUUAACACCCAACAUCACUCUGUCCCUCAACCACAGACUCAGCCUCGGUGACAGAGUCCGCACUCGGUGACCCGUGUGUGACCCACACCGUCCUGGAUCAGCCCUGGAGGAGCACGGAUUGUUCCAACACUGAGUGCAGCGCUGGGACAUGGAUGGAUGAUAGAAAUCUUGCAGUGGGAUGGUACAGAUUCUACAGUUCCGGUGGAUGGAAGAUUCCAGAGACUGUCGUUCCAGCGAGUCACUGCUCCGCGUAUUACCCAGGCUGGUUAGUCGGUUCCCAUCCCAGCGUGGGAGACGGGGAGGUGACCAGGACAGUCUGUUUCAAUGAGGGCAGUUACAUCUGUUACUGGAACCGGGAGAUCAGGGUGAAGAACUGCACCGAUUACUUUGUGUAUCAGCUGUGGCCGACACCCUACACCUAUGGUGUGUAUUGUACAGUCACAGACUCCGCACUCGGUGACCCGUGUGUGACCCACACCGUCCUGGAUCAGCCCUGGAGGAGCACGGAUUGUUCCAACACUGAGUGCAGCGCUGGGACAUGGAUGAGUGAUGGAAAUCUCGCAGUGGGAUGGUACAGAUUCAACAGUUCCGGUGGAUGGAAGAUUCCGGAGACUGUCGUUCCAGUGAAUCACUGCUCCGGGUAUUACCCAGGCUGGUUAGCCGGUGCCCAUCCCAGCGUGGGAGACGGGGAGGUGACCAGGGCAGUCUGUUUUAUUGAUGGCAGUUACAUCUGCAACUGGAACCAGGAGAUCAGGGUGAAGAACUGCAUCGGUUACUUUGUGUAUCAGCUGUGGCCGUCACCCUCCACCAGCGCUGUGUAUUGUACAGAUCCAGCCUCCGUACCAACUGAGGAACCCCAGGAAACAACAGCCGAACCCCAGUCCACUGCCUCGGAACCAGAUACCUGCUCGCGGAUCGAUGGGGGGAUCAUUGGAACAAGUUAUUUCCCCCAAAGCUCCACUUCAGCAGGAAAAGAGUGGGAUCUCCAGACGUCCACAAGGGGACAGAGUGAAGGAUCACUGACUGGAGAAUCCACCCAGGAUUCUGUUUCAGCGGGAGACACGUCCUCAGAUGAAGACUACCCGAUGAUUUUGAUAAAGGUGACAUCGGAAGGAGGGGUGACUGUGGAAGAAGUGAAAGAAGCCCUCCGUGAGAAGCUGCGGGAGAUGUUCGAUGACCCGGACCCCCAGAUCGAGCUGGUGGAGGAGGAGGAGGAGGAGGAUUCUCAGGAUGACUGA